UUAUUAGCCACACUAUUCACUAAAACCCAGACCCCAAAUUUCAGUUAGAACCAGAAGAGUGAAGCCAGAAAAACCGAAAAUCGAAGCCACACUAUAAAAGCGGUUAGGGUUUCUUCACAGCAACAAUGGCGGUUCUGAGAACCACAACGGCCAUGAUGCUCAGGCAUUUCUCUCAGCCAUCCGUGUUCUUCUUACCAUCAAGCCCGACCUCUCUGGUUCGCUCCACUGCCGGAAUCAGCAUCCGGUGCGCCGCCUCCGACUCCGGCGCCGGUGGGAAGAAGGUAUCCGCUCGGCUCUCUCAGGUCAACCAGCUCUUGCAAGAAGCCGAGGAGCGUGCUUUCUCCGCUGACAACCUCCCCGCCCCUAAAAUCACAUUAGAUCAUGUAACUGUGAGUUUCGCAAGAAGUGGAGGACCUGGAGGACAGAAUGUGAACAAAUUGAACACUAAGGUGGACAUGCGAUUCAAUGUUAAAAAUGCGUAUUGGCUAAGUGACAGGAUCAAGGAGAGGAUUUUGCAAAUGGAGAAGAACCGAAUCAACAAGGAUGGGGAGCUUGUGAUUUCUUCAACCAGGACUCGUACACAGAAGGGUAACAUUGAAGAUGCUUUGGAGAAACUUCAGGCAAUUAUUGAUGCUGCUUCGUAUGUUCCACCUCCUCCCUCAGAAGAGCAAAAGAAGAAGAUCGCUAAAAUGGCUGCUAUUGGAGAACAGAAACGCCUCAAAAGCAAGAAGGUACUUUCAGACAAGAAGGCAUUUAGAAGAACUCGUGACAGUUGGGACUGACUGGUCCAUGCUGUGUGGUCCUCUUAAUAUGAGAAGUUUGUAUAUAGGCUAUAUGGAGAAACAAUUCAAGUGAUGGAGAAACAAAUCAAGAAUUAGGAAUACAUUGUUCAUGAGUGACGGUGAAAAUACUAGUUGUUCAACAGCAAAGGUUUUUUUAAUGUUAGAUGACUAUUGCUAAGGUUCUUAAAGAUGAUAGUCAUUGGUUGUACUUCCUCUGAACUACCUCUCGUGUUACAAUGAUUGAGAGUCAAUGUCUUAGAUCAAGUACUGAAUUGUAAAAUCCUGGUGCAUGUUCUACGUCUCCAGGACCUGAAAUUCUUCUUAAUGGUGACCUUGGUUCAUUAACAGUGUAAUACUUGGUUAAUUUGCUCCUCUAUCCAACUAUCCAUUAUGAUGUCUCUCAA